GACCAUGAAAUGGAGAGCAGUCAGAUAACUAGCCAUAUCAUCAGCUGCAGCGUCUGCUAGAUUUGCCACAUUUGAACUUGGUCGUGGCUGUCUUCUUUGGGCUAGCUGGGGCCAUGCAGGUUGGGGGGUCACACUGUGCUGGGCGUAGGCUCAAUGACCCAGAUCCAGGACUGGAUAGUUGCCUACUCUGUACCUGCAGCUCUGUCACUUGUUGUCAGCCUUAAUCCACCAAUUGCAGAUAACAAUGUGUGGCGGAGUCUAUCAUAUCUACAUUCAGCUGCUUGUGUUGUGGGUUCUGCCAUCUUGGGGUAUUCUUUGUUUGCUAAUGCUCAAAACAACAUCUUGCAUGAGGAAGAAGGCAGGGAGUUAUUUGGUCUGGUGGUUGUUACAGUCUGGGUGAGCCUUUGUCACAGCUUAGCCAAGGGUGAGACUGUGCUGGACCAUCAAGGGGCAAGUUUUUCUACCUGCCUUGCCCCACCCCUCUGCCUGGACCAUAUCAGGAGGAGCUACAGACUGAGAGGUACUGCUGCUGGGGUGAGACUGUGCUGGGACCAUCAAGGGGCACGCUUUUCCACCUGA